AUGGCAAUGGGUAAAAUAAGUGAAUUCGAUAUACAUUCUGGAAAUUGGACUUUGUACACGGAACGUUUGGAGAUGUAUUUCAAAGUGAACGGAAUACAACGCGACUUGUGGUUGCCAACAUUGAUAGCAGUCAUGGGCGAUGCGGCGUACGAACUAUUAAGUAACUUGAUCAGCCCACGUAAGCCAUCGGAAGGAACAUACGAAGCAGUGGUAAAUUUAUUAAGAAAUCAUUUGCAACCAAAACGGUCGGUAGUGGCGGAAAGAUAUUAUUUCAGACUACGAAGACAGUUAAAAAGUGAAAGUGUACUACAAUAUAUAUCAGAAUUAAAAAAACUAACUAAAUAUUGUGAGUUCGGUGCCAUGCUCGAAGAGAGUUUGAGAGAUCAGCUCGUUUGUGGACUGACGAGUGAUGUAAUCCGGCAACGACUUUUUGCGGAGGACGGGCUGGAUUACGCGAAGGCAGUUAGAAUAGCCUGUGCGUUGGAGGCAGCAGAACGGGAUGCGGCCGCGGUGGAGCUGAUGGACAGCAGGGUAGGCGCGCCAGCGGGAACCAGUGCCGUAAUGGCGAUCAAACAAGCUGUGGGGGGUGACCGGAACGGCGGCAGUCAGCGGCAGAAUAAUUACAUACCGGUUCAGAGUGGAAAUAAUGCUCGGCAAUGCUAUGCUUGUGGGGGCACAGAUCACUGGAAGAGCACAUGUCGGUUCAGGAAUUACACCUGUGGCCGAUGUAAGCAAAUAGGCCAUCUUAGAAGAAUGUGUUCUAAGGGAGCGAAGAGCAAGGGAGGCCAGAAUAACCGGGAUAGAAUUUUCCACGUCCAGGAAGCGCAGACUACCUCGGAGGCGAAGUCGGAUAGCAGCAAUACGGACUUGGAGGAAGAGAUACAUCAGUUAUGUUUAAAUAGUUAUAAACCGGUAAGAGUAUCUUUGUUAAUAGACAAUGUUAAUAUAGAGAUGGAGAUAGAUACCGGUUCGGCUAUAUCGUGUAUCAGUAAACUAACAUAUGAAAGAUAUUUCAAAAAUCGACCGCUAGAAAAAAUAGAUUUGUAUUUAAAAUUCUAUGAUGGUAGCCGAAUAAAACCGGUUGGCGUCAUUAGACCGAUGGUCCGAUAUGGGGGAAAAAGUAAAAAUUUAGAGUUAUUGGUUAUCGAAGGGGGUACUACGUCGUUAUUAGGUAGACAAUGGCUGAGUGACUUAAAAAUUAAAAUACCAUGUUUUAUGAAGUCAUGCAACAAUGUGUCAAUAUUAUCACAAAAUAGUAAUAGUAAUAAUAGUAAUUUACUAUCUGUACUCGACAGAUAUAAGGAAUUAUUCGAUGGCAAGCUGGGUCGGUUCACGGGGGGCAAGGCGACGCUGCGGCUGCGGGAGGGGGCGGCGCCGGUGUACUACCGCGCGCGACCGCUGCCUUACGCGCUGCGCCCCGCUGUCGACGCGGAGCUAGACUCCAUGCUGCGCGAAGGAAUCAUCAGACCGGUCGACAGCUCGGACUGGGCUACUCCCUUGGUACCCGUGCGUAAGGCGGACGGUGGGCUACGCCUCUGUGCGGAUUACAAGGUGACUUUGAAUCCAGUACUAUUAGUAGACAGAUUUCCAUUGCCGCGGAUAGAUGAUCUCUUAGUGGGGUUAAACGGGGCUAAGGUAUAUUCGAAAAUUGACUUAUCACAGGCCUAUAAUCAGAUUGAGCUAGACGAUUCCAAGGAAAUUACGGUAAUUAACACGCAUAGGGGUUUAUAUGUAUAUAACAGAUUAGUAUAUGGUCUAUCGUCAAGUCCGGGCAUUUUCCAGCGUAUUAUGAUGAAUCUUUUUAAUGAUAUUCCGAAUGUGGAAAUAUUCUUAGACGAUAUAAUAAUAGGUACCCCUGAUGAAAAAUCACAUUUAUUCACUUUAAAUAAGGUUUUAAAUAAGUUACACUCCCACGGACUGAAAUUAAAAAAGAGUAAAUGCCAAUUCAUGAUGGAGGAAGUAAAAUAUCUAGGAUAUGUUAUUUCAAAAGACGGGUUUAAGGUAGAUCCCGAGAAAAUGGAGGCAAUUAGAAAACUUCCUCACCCGUCUGAUAUAUCCGAAUUACGUUCAUUCUUAGGGUUUGUCAAUUUUUAUUCAAAAUUUAUUAAAAACAUAAGUUCUAUUUUAGUUCCCUUAUAUUGGUUACUAAAAAAAGGGGUCACGUGGGAGUGGACGAAGGAGUGUGAAGCGGCCUUCACAGAAAUUAAAUCUAUUCUUAUGAGCGGCAGAGUAUUAGCACAUUACGAUCCCGAUAAGCCCUUAUAUUUAACGUGUGACGCGAGUGCGCGCGGUAUAGGCGGAGUGCUCACACAGAGGGACGGCGCGAGCGGGACGGAACGACCGGUAGUGUUUGUAUCGCGGGCGCUGUCCGACGCGGAGAAACAUUAUGCACAAAUUGAUCGGGAGGCUUUAGCGAUCGUAUUUUGUUUGCAAAAACUUCAUCAGUACGUGUACGGGCGGCGUUUUAUACUACGCACCGAUCACAAGCCACUCGUUAGUAUUUUCGGCCCAAAACAUGGUAUUCCGGCGAUGGCUGCUAGUAGACUGCAACGUUGGGCUAUAAAAAUCGCGGCGUAUUCUUAUGAAAUUGAGUAUGUAAAUACCAAAGAUAACGCAGCCGAUGGAUUGUCGAGAUUACCCAUUCAAUCAAAGUUCCCUUCAAGCCUCCCGGAGCAAACAUAUCUACAUUUUGCACAUAAUGCCUUACUAAUGGAUCAUAGUGAGAUAAAAUUGCAAACUCAACGGGAUUCAAUCUUGAGUAGAAUAUUAUGUUAUAUACGUGAUGGCUGGCCAUCGGUUAAUGAAGUUAGAACAAUCCAACCAUUUUUCAAUCGAAAAACUGAGCUCUAUGAGGAGUUAGGCUGUAUUAUGUGGGGCCAUCGAGUGGUGGUGCCCGAAUGUUGUAGAAGUGUCGUGUUAGCGGAAUUACACGAGCCGCACAUGGGUAUAGUAAAGACCAAGGCCUUGGCACGAAGUUACGUGUGGUGGCCCGGCAUAGAUGAAGCGAUUGAACAACAAUGUCGUAUGUGUAAUACGUGCGCGGCUGAGGCGGACGCACCACCUCGGCACGCGCCCACUCCGUGGCCGUGGCCAACUCGACCGUGGUCCAGAAUACAUAUGGAUUUUUUGGGUCCCAUUAAUAAUAAAAUUUACUUAGUAAUUGUGGAUGCACAUACAAAGUGGUUAGAAGUAUUUCAAGUUCCCAGUACUGCGGCAGUACAUUGUAUAGCCAAGUUAAGCGAGUUAUUUGCGAGAUGGGGUAUUCCGAAACAAAUAGUCUCUGAUAACGGACCUCCGUUUUCAAGUUACGAUUUUGAAGCAUUCACUAAAAGUUUAGGUAUUAUUCAUUUGCAUACGGCUCCGUACCAUCCAGCUUCUAAUGGAGCCGCAGAAAAUGCCGUUCGUACGAUUAAAAGAGUGAUAAAAAAGGCCUUACGAGACGGGACGGAUAUAAAUUUAAGUAUAAAUUUUUUUUUACUACACUAUAGAAAUAUCGCACAUUGUACUACGGGAGAAUGCCCGGCGUCGUUAAUGUUAGGUCGUAGAUUGCGGACUAAGCUGGAUGUCUUGAGACCUAAUUUAGAAAACAAGUUAUCUCAGGCUCGUCAACGCAAACAGCAGCGAGAAGGGGUUGCGUUGGAAAUAGAACGUAAAUUAAAACCGGGAGAUGAGAUAUGGUUACGACAAUAUAGUGGAGCACAUAAGUGGCUACCAGGAACAGUGACAGAACGUUUAGGUACAACUGAUUAUAAGGUUUGUGAUACGUCGGGUAGGGAAUCACAUAGACAUAUCGAUCAAUUAAAAAGGAGAUCAAGGUCGUCUGUAAUUGGUACAUCGUCUUUACCAUCCGACGAGGGAGCAGCUGGCGACUGGCCUGAGGGUAGUAAUGAGAACCCGGGUAGAUAUUCGGUUGACAAAGAAGAUAGGGAGCUUAAAGAUACGAAUACGAUGGAUAGAAUCGGUGAGCUUGAGAAAGAAGGAAGGGUCCCCUCCCCAGUAGCAGUCGACGAAGAACCCAAAGCUGAAAAAUCCUCUAGUCCACCGACCCAGUCUCGCCGUCCUAUAAGGCAGUGUCGAUUGAAUAAACGCCUAAUUAAUUAA